CAACGUCUGAAAGUUUUAAAAGAACAACAUGCUCGAGAAUGACAGCCAGUGAGCCAAACGACACCACUUCCUAGAAGCGGAGCACCAGGGGAUCUGCGGGUGGUAGCAAGGUCCCAGCAGCAGUGGGGAGCAGGACCGCAAGUGUGUGCUGCACGGCACCACCCCGAACCGAGGAGUGAACGGCACAAGCCUGCGGAGGUGACAGGCCGCCAAAGCCUUGCCCACCAGCCCCAGCAGGGGUGAUCCCAGCACCGACCACCCCAACUCUGCCCGAAAGAGAAAGGCUGCCGGUUUCCCGGCUGCAAGCAGUCAGAGAGCCCUUUACCCGCUGCGAUCGCCAUCAGCUGCGAGCUGGGCCCCAUCUGGGGCCACCCUCUGUCCGCCGGCUACUAAAGGCCGCUGCGCGACCGCGCGUUUUCCUUUAACGCGGGGUCCCAGCCUGCCCCGCCCGGCCUUGCCGCGGCCCCCGCCCCACAGAUAAGCGCGGCUCCCGCCUCCCCCCAGCUCUUCCCCACCCGCCCUGCGCGGAAUCGAUCUCGUCUCGGGAGCCGCUCUCCAGGCGCCAGCUUCCUCUCGCCCCCCGAGAAUGGCUCGGCAGCCUGGCAGCUUUCUGCAGGAGGCCUCUCACCAAGUCGUCGCUGGAGGCUCGGCAGGUCUUGUAGAAAUCUGCCUGAUGCAUCCCCUUGAUGUAGUAAAAACAAGGUUCCAAAUUCAAAGAGGGAAAACUGAUCCGACUGGUUACAAGAGCCUGGGGGACUGUUUUAGGACUAUUUUCCAACGUGAAGGAUUGCUUGGCUUCUACAAAGGAAUAUUUCCUCCCAUCUUGGCUGAAACGCCCAAAAGGGCGGUGAAGUUUUUCACCUUUGAACAAUACAAGAAGCUACUAGGAUAUGCAUCAUUACCUCCAGGACUGGCAUUUGCCGUUGCUGGUUUGGGAUCUGGAUUGACAGAGGCAGUUGUGGUAAACCCUUUUGAAGUAGUAAAGGUUACCUUACAGACGAAUCGGAAUGCCUUCACAGAGCAACCCUCUAGCUUUGUUCAAGCUCGGCAGAUUAUUAAAACUGAUGGUCUGGGUUUCCAAGGACUCAACAAAGGUCUUACUGCAACACUGGGCCGUCAUGGAGUUUUUAACAUGGUUUACUUUGGAUUCUACUUCAAUGUGAAGAACAUUCUUCCAGUCAACAAAGAUCCAAAUUUGGAGUUUUUGAGGAAAUUUGGAAUUGGGCUAGUCUCGGGAACAAUAGCCUCAAUUAUUAACAUUCCUUUUGAUGUUGCAAAAAGUAGGAUUCAAGGACCACAGCCAGUUCCUGGAGAGAUCAAGUACAGAACCUGUUUUAAAACUAUGGCAACAGUCUAUAAAGAGGAAGGAUUUCUGGCUCUGUACAAAGGCUUGGUUCCCAAGAUCAUGAGGCUUGGUCCAGGUGGUGCAGUGAUGCUUUUGGUUUAUGAAUACGUUUAUGCGUGGCUUCAGGACACAGUUGAUCGCAAGCAGCACUUCUGAAAAAUGCACUCUUUAAAAUUAAAUACAGUUUAAUAAACUAAGAGUGAUUCUCAUCCUUUGUGGUGUUGAAUACCCUCAUAUUAUACUGCUGUUAAUGGAGUUCAAAACAGAUUUGGUUCUGGGGUCCUGAUCCAAAAAAAUAUUUAAGCACAUGCUUCUCUGUAAGUACAUAAGUAAAUAGCACGGUUGAUAUUUGUUUUACUCGAUCAAGCAAAAAUAUCAAGGAGAUAAAGGAACAAGAAGAUAAAGGAACAGGACAAACUGAAAAUUCUGGACACCAAAUUAUACUAUGUAGUCAAUAUACUUCAAAAAAAAAAAAAAUCAGCUGAAAUGGCAAGCUAAUAACUUUCAGGGAAUUUUGAAGAAAAAAAUUGAAUAAUGCUGUGCGGCCAGAUACUAAGAUAGUGUAAACUGACAGCUCCAUUGACUUUAGGCUAAGAACAUGACCCACACUCUACCAAUUCUUGCGUCAAUCUUGGGUCCAGUUUCAAUUCAGUCCAGUAAAAUUUCAACAUUGAUAGAAGAGCUUCUUAAGUUGUUGGGAGUUUGGUCAAAAAAAGGACAGCAUGACUAGGCACAACCUUAAAAUAUGUCCUACUUCUUCUUAUCCAUAUAUAUCUUAAAAAUCUCACUCAGGUCACAGAAGACACUGAAAAUAAUUACUCUGGGUCAAGUUAAACAAAAGUGCAAAACAACUGUGGGAAUCAUAGGAGAAAUGAGUAAAUAAAUUAACAUAAAUAAAUACUUUAAGGCA